ACAUACGGUUGUGUUACAUUUCGCGCCCUUUCGACGAUCCGCGGCAUUUUGAAUUUUAAAUUUCGAACGUGCGUCAACAUACGAAUGACGAAUUAUUAUCUGUGGCUCUGUGAAUUAUUAUUAAAACCUUUUUGGUGAGAAAAAAAUUAUGGAUAUUGAAACUUUUUGCGGAAAGUGUUUUUCUGUUAGCGCGUUGUGUUUUCUUUGUAAAGUGCGUAAUGUUUAUGGAUUUUGUUGACUACUAGGUCGAGAUCCGGCCACCAGAAAUAAACAUGGCGCCGUUCAAAAUAAAGGAGACGUAGGGAAGCGGACAUCCCUCCAAGAUGUAAAUAGAUUUCCUGAGGAUAUGAAAAUGUCAAGUUAUAGAUCGCGAGUGUGGGGUGUGCCGUUAUUUCUUUUGUUGCGGACUAUGUUUGUGAUCAGUGGGGUUUUCGGUAUGCAGGAGCAAAAAUUCGCGAUGGAACCUCAAGAUCAGACUGCAGUCAUAGGAUCAAGAGUAACUCUACCAUGUAGAGUUGAGAACAAAGCAGGUCAACUUCAAUGGACAAAAGAUGACUUUGGAUUAGGUCUUCAUAGGGAUCUGAGUGGCUACGACCGGUAUAAAAUGAUCGGGAGUGACGAGGAAGGUGACUAUUCACUCGACAUUCGCGACGUAACGUUAGACGAUGAUGCAAAAUAUCAGUGCCAAGUCAGUUCCGGGGCAAGAGGUGAGCCAGCAAUUAGGUCGCGUUACGCCCGCCUAACCGUAAUAGUGCCGCCGGAACCGCCCAAAAUUCUUCAAGGCAAUUUCUACUCUACCACCGAAGACAAACUGAUCAUAUUGGAGUGCAUAUCCGUGGGUGGCAAACCACCGGCUGAGAUAACUUGGGUGGACAGCAAUGCCGGCGUUUUGACGCAGGGUGUCACUUACACCGUAGAACCGUUGCCUGAUGGACAGAGAUUUACUGCCAGGUCGGUGAUAAAAAUGGCACCAAAAGAGGAGCACCAUAACCAAUCGUUCACAUGUCAAGCUCAGAACACGGCUGAUAGAGCAUACAGAGCAGCAAAUAUUCUGAUUGAGGUGAAAUAUGCGCCGAAAGUGAAAGUUCGUAUAAAAACAGGAAAAAGGAUAGUUGAGGGAAAGGAUGUUAUACUUUCGUGCACAGCGGACGCGAACCCAAGUAAUUUGACAUUCAGAUGGAUUUUAAACGAUUCCAUAAUUGGAAACAGUUCCGAGCUGAUAAUACCGAAUAUCACCAGAAGUUACAACGGCGCUAGAAUAAAAUGUAAAGUGGUAAAUGAUGUUGGAAAAAGCGAAGAAACAAUAUCGCUAGAAAUUUCCUAUGCUCCGACGUUUCGAAACCGCCCAAUGGAUGUGGAAGCGGAGUUGGGUAAGCAAGUGACGCUCAGCUGCGAUGUGGAUGGGUUCCCGGCGCCAGAAUUCAAGUGGCUGCAUUUAGAGGAAGAUACUAAUAUCAAUGUGGGUAAAACAGCCAACCUCACACUAACAGCUGACACACACACAUCAGGACGGUAUAUGUGUAUAGCCUCCGUGGAAGGGUACGAGGAGAUAGAGGCAGAAGCUUCUAUAUUUAUAAAAGGUCCACCGAAGAUAAUAUCAAAUCACACGCAAUUCGGGUCUCAAGGUGACACGGUGAAUAUUGAGUGUGCCGCAUUCGCAGUUCCAAAAAUCGAUAAUAUCGUGUGGACAUUCGAGGGAAAGGAGAUAGAUGGUGUACAUGAUCAGGACUAUGCCUUUCAAGAGGAUAUCCAAGUUGGUGGUGUUGUAAAUUCGACACUCAUCAUCCGAGAGAGCCAGUCGAGGCACUUUGGUGUCUACAGAUGUAAUGUGUCCAAUGACUAUGGGAGUGAUAUGAUUGAUAUCGUUUUGAGACCUACAAAAUCAUUUCCUCUUCUACUAAUCCUAUUUGGAAUAACAUCUGGGACCAUCAUGGUGGCAGCAGUCAUAAUGCUGGUGAUAUUGUGUCAGCGGAAACAGCGGAAAAACAAGCAAGCACAGGUGACGGAAAAGCCAGAUGUGACAGUUACUGCCGAAGAAUUGUAUAAGGAGAACGAUAGGAAUUCUAAUAUUAGCGACUUGAAGUUGGAGUUGCGACAAGCAAAUGGAAACUGUGAAAUUGACUAUUCAAAUACUGGAUCUGACAGUACACUUUGCUCUAAUGCGAAGCUUGGUAGUGGUAUACCUUUGGCUGGUACUGUACCAUUAUCAGUGAACCAGGCCAAUACAUUCCCAUAUAGAUAUAGCAAUGACUACAGUGAUCCUGCCUAUUCAGAUUAUAAGGUGAAUGGUUAUUCCACGUACGUCCAUUACGGUCAUGAUUACACGCCCGGUUCUUUAAGGGUGCAGUCACCCACGAUGGCCGCUGAUAAGCUCACACCGAAUAGAUCAAUAAACGGUAGCCUACCGAGAAGCAUAGACACGCCGUCAGUGCAAUUCAGUGGGAAUGGCUCUCAGAACAAUUCCUUACAACGUUCGGCCAAACGCCAAGACAGUUCCAAUGCUCUGAAUAAUUUAGGUGUGCCCAGUUCUGAAGGGAAUCGAAUCCCUAAUGGAGGUAUAAUCCAUGGUGUGGAUGUCCGAUAUGCAGCGACAUACGGGAACCCGCACCUUCGAAGUGGUCUCGGGUUUACAGUCAAUACAGCAAAGCCUGCUUCCACGCCAGCUCCACCCCCUUACUCAUCUGUUAGAACCUCAGUUAUAUUACCGUCAGGUACCUCAUCCCACUCCAUAACGUCUCCUACAAGUCUUGCGUCCCCGCAAUGCGCAACGAGUCCUAUUACUAACUCCACUAUGUCUACUGACAGUGCGCAACCACCUCUGGGCGUGGCCACAUCUUCAACCACACCUCAAUCGCCCAGUUCCCACUACAUAUUAGCACCAUCAAAUAGAACAUUGAGUAAUUCUACCGUUACUAAAAAAGGUUGCACAAUUCAAACUGCCCUAGCAACACACGUAUAACAGGGGUUCAGGUAAAUUGACUAUGAAGUUAAAAGUGACAAAACUAGUGAAUAGUGAAACAUAGUGACUUUGAUAGUGAAAAAUACACGAUUUUAGUGAAGUGAUAAGUGGUUGCGAUUUCCUAACUAUACUAGUUGUUAAUGUGGGUUUUUUAAAGAUGUUUGUACAUUAGUUUUAAUUUGUAUAGUUUAUUAAUGUUUUAUUGUUGGUAUGAAAAUGUGUAUUCUAAUCAAUUUUUUUUCAAAAUCUAAAUUUUAUGCUUAAAUUUCAACUUAUUUGUGUAAUCUGUCCCUACGUUUUUCAAAACGCCAUAGAAAUUAAGGGACAUUAAUUUAUAUACGUUUUUAUUUAAAUGUGCUGAUAAAUAUGAUGUUUGGGUGUUUUUCUGAUUAGAGAAUUAAAUUCUAACAAUUAGUCAAUUUUAUAUCUGACUGAAUCUCGUCUACGUUGUAAAUAUUGUACGAUAAAUUCAUUGACUUCACUAUAUCAUAGAAUUUAUUAGUUGAAAUUUAUCGAUUAUUGAUAUAAAAUAUACUAGGAACUAAUACUUGAUUUAAAUUUGUUUAAAUGAAAUGGUUUAUUUUCUAAGAAUAAAACACGUUUAUUACAUACUUAAACCAUGCUACGUCUGAGAGGUAUAACAAAGUAACUUAUACUAAAACAAAUAUAUAAAAAAGAGGUUAUACAAAUACUAAGCCUCUAAACUUUAGGAUUGAUAUAUGUUCAUUUUCAAAAAAAGAACGAAAAUUAUCAAUGGCCUUUAGUCGAUGAGUGUGUCACAUCACAAUCACUUCGAUAAAAAUUGUACCGGAAAUAUCUGCUUAGUGAUUCAUGUAAUAAAACAUUAACGAAACAAAGCUUAUUAGUUUUACAAUAUAAAAAAUAGAUGUUGAGAAAAUAAAUAUUUUAAGUAUUCUAUGAACAAUAUGGCCCCAGUAUCAGGCUUUUAAAGUUUUAACAUUCUUCCAAUAGCGCUUAAUAAGGUUGGCUUUUUUAAUACCUUUAUAGAAAUUUUCUAUCGAUCUCUUGCUUAGAAAAAGCGUACCAUUUCUUUAUAGAUCGACAAUGCAUUUGCGAGCCUUCUGGCAAUAUAAGUGUAAGGCAUCGCGUAACAUCAGAUGAACCUCUUGAUAAAUAUUAAUUUUGUAUAACAAAUGCGAGCUGUCUAGCUGAAGUAGCUAACUAAAAUAACCCAUAUAUUGGGUUGGCCUUAGAUUUUUUUAUCGUUCUCAGUUUCUAUAUAUUGACUAAGGCAAGUGAUACACGACGUCGAUUCUCUAGAUUAAGUAAUAAUAAAAUAUCGGCAAAUAAUUUAUUAUAACCUUGCAAUCAAAUCAGCAAAUAUUUUCGAUUAUGUUAAUGGAAAAAUGUGUUUUAAAAUACUGUAAUAACUUAAUAAAUGAAUUGCUAAAUCUCUUUACAAACUUGAACAUUGAUAUAACUUUUGAACUUUUUGAAAAUUCCAAUUAAAAGCUUCAGUUGACACUAUUAUCAUUUUUUUCGCCAAAUUGUGCUUUCAGAACGCGUCAACAAUAACUACUUAGUAAUUGGAUUACAGACGGCUCAAGCGAUUUUCCUUUCUUGAUUUUACACGUAUUUGGAUACGCGUUUGGACUUCCGUCAAGUUUUAGAACCAACCAAUAGAACAAAAUUACUAUUGUAUAACGAUACAUAAAAAGUAUUCAAGUUAAAAAUAUCCAUUGAAAUGUCCAAUUCAAGUUUAAAUUAAAUUCUGCUGAUGUGUCGUUUCCACGUCAAUACUGAACUUUGCGGUAUUGUUAGUAUGACCUAAAUAAACCAAUUCGCUUGACCUACACCGAGUUGGAAUCUACUUAGCGUAUAACUGACGAACUUUUCUUCAUAAUGCUGUAGAUGCUGGCUCCUAGGUUCUUACAAACUUAAAGUUCUAGUUACAAACUAUCAAAAUAUAACAUUUUACUGUACUAUUUGUUUAUUUCAUAUAAACUCUAUCAUAACCUCUCUACUUAUGAUAGAGUUUUAGCUUUUAUCAUUAUCAGUUGCUCACAGCAGUUUUGUACUGCGCGUCCCUAGGUCAUCAGUGGCAUAUGUUGAGACCUUUAUUGAAAUUAAACAAACAAUCGGACUAUAUAUUAGAUUAUAUAUAAAUAAAUUAUGUGUAAAUUAUUUUAGCGUCAAUUAGACAACGCGUUUAAUACUUUGUCUAAUUCAUAGUCGUCGUGAACACCUUGAUACAAAUGGUUAUCAAUAAAAUCCAUCAUAGUUAUAGAAAUAUAUCGAAUCACAAAAUAAAUUUAAUUAUCAAAUGAUAUUUCGCAAAAUUUUAUACAUACUCAGAUUCUGCAAGUUGUGUGUGUGCUGUGCUGUCUCUAUCUGAUAAAAGGUGAUGAUCUAAGACAAAAGACGAAUUCAAUGCGUUUAAUCGUGAUUCAUCAACUUGAUCACGCAAAAUGUUCCGUCUUUCUAUUUAUGCAAUUACUGCUGCGUCUGCAACUUUAGAUACUCACGACUCAAACUACUUUAAUUCAGGAAUUAUCUUCUUUGUCUUUUGGUGCCUCUCCAUUACUGGAGGAUGUCCGAACCGUGUAUUAAACUACGCAGCAUCUCUUUCAUAGUCACAAUACUCGUCCUCUAACGUUCCGAAGCCAUGAUUUUUCCUUCUGCCAACACGUUGACCCUAGCUUAUAACCGUUAUAAGUGUCCUAUCACAACACGUGGCCCUACGCACGUAUGGAAUUUAUUAAAAAUAUUUUUGAACCUUUUCUAUUGUCCCGAAGUAUCGAUUAACUCAAAUACCUCUCAUUAAAAUUAACGAUAGCAGCCUAAUAUCGGUUAAUUGGGGUCGGGUUGUCUGUUGUAAUGAAACUUUAAUAACUUGCUCUAUCGACCAUAAGUUACGCCCAAUAGGGCGAGGGUACUUUCAGAUAUUGUAUGUCAAGUAUCUGACCCUGGUGUCUGGUCACGCACUGGCUUCUCCUACAACUCCUGGAUUAUGUCUGUUAAAUAAAUUGCUUAUGCAGCUGAGUUUCUUCUGAUGUCUUGGCAGUUUGCUGUUCGCAUUAUCUCUAUGACCGUCAUUCCAUAUCUGAUCAUGCGGAACCAGCUGCCUGUCAAGGUAUUUGCCUUACAUAUACACACACACACACCCUGAGAUCGUGGUCUUUGUGAGCUGUAAUUACUAUAGAUCAGGUAAGCAAAGGCUUACCUGCAGGCAAACAAAGGUUUGAUGAAAAGUAUUUGUGUUUAAUUAUCACACAGUUAAUCAAAGCGAUAAACAAUAAUUUUAACUAAGCGACAUAAACAUAUCAUGCCUCUCGUUCAAAGUAGGUACAACAUAUCAAAUGACUUCAAUUGAUAUAUAUUGCGUAACACGUAAUUAUUUUUAAUUUCUUCUCUAAUAAUUCAAAAUUUAUGUCUCGUAGAAUUUUGAAUUAUCUAACUCCACCGGCCUAUUUGUUUUUGUUACCAUUGUAACCGUUACUAUGGUAACAGACACAGUACAAUCCACGUUUUAUAAAGGCCGCAUAUAUCGAGCUAGCCUAUCGUUUGCAACGAAUAGGAUCUUUUUUACUAUUGUCAAUUACUGUCGCAAAUCAUUCUAAUAAGGUAAAUUCUAUAGGUUUUAGAAGCUCAGUAUUUACUCUGUUUUUUGAAGAGAUCAGUGGUCACAUCAAAUAUAGCGUUUAAAUUAACUAUGGCUUGUAUUAAGAUAGCCACAUUAUAAAAGUUGAAAAUGCAUCUUUGCAACUGCACCUUUAAACAUAGACAAUAUUUUAGUAUUGGUACGGUUUUAUUUACUUUAUUUGGUUUAUAUUGAUUAUCAAAUAUGAGUGUAAAGAGCAAAGAGAUUCAAUCCGUCGCCAAAAAUGGAUUGGCUUCGUAGGGUUUGGUUAUUGGGAUGCAGAUAGGGGAUGGAUCAACUGUCACUGUGUGAUCUCAGAUUGUUUUCAAUUUGAGAUUUUGUUUUCAUUAUUUUUAAGUUCGGGCGUAAAUGCAUACUGAGCUUCGAACGGCUUAUAUUAAAGGUACUAAAGUAUACUGUUAGUCAAUUGAAAAAGGCCUAGGCAACAAAUUAAUGGAUUUCUUUAGUUUUUAAGCACCAUUAUGUCUAGCAUUGUUAUUAAUUUAAGUUACAGAAUUAAUUUUAUAUUAUAUAAAGAUUAAAAUAUUUUACGAAACUAUUAUUCGUGUAGGGUUGUCACAAUUAUUACAAUUAAACAAAAAAGAUAAAUGUUGACUAUAAUUUUUUCUGUACUACAAAUUCAUAAAUUCGACAACCUGUACUAUACAAAGUAUGGCAGUUUAAUCAAUACCUCGCCUUGUAAAAAUCUUUUUAAUAUAAAUCUACUCUUUUAGAUCGAUAAUGCUUUGUGUAAAUAAUUAUUUUUCUGUGAUAAAUAGAAUAAAUUGUAAAUAUAUGUCGCUAUGUUGGAAUAUGUUAGAUUCAAAAUAUGUAGAUUUUUUUUAAUGUAUACAAAACGAAACGGUAAGAAACGGUCCUAGAUUUCAGAGUGUACAUUUGAAAACGAAAUUGUCGUUUGAUUGUGAUUGGUUAAACUGUGUGACCAAUCAACCGAUUGGACGUCAUUCUGUUCCUCAAAAGCACUUGCUAGCGUUAACGGCUUUAUUUAAAGCACGUUUGCAACCCUAAAUGAUCGUUGACUAAACUAUUGAAGAGUUGCCUUGUUUGUUCCGGCGAUUUGUAUACACACCUUCAAAAUCAACGCAUAACUAUUGUUCUUUAUUUUAUACUUGAAUCUAACAUAUGUAGCUUUCGAUUUUGUGAAUUAGUAUAGACUUGAAUAGAUAGAGUAAAGGAAUGUUGAAUUUUCAAAACACUAAGUUAGUGAUAUUGUACAAAAUACUUUUCUAAAUAAAAGAAACUUUGGCCUAUGUAAA